AUGAGAAAAUUUUAUUUCUUUUUUUCUUUUCUUUGUUAGUUUUUUUAUCAUUUGCUAAUUAACAUAAUGAUGAUUAUUUAAAUCAUCAUAAAAUUGAAGGCAAAAAAAAUCAUGAAAAACAUAUUGCAAAAGAAAGUCUUUCAGUUUUUUUUAUAUUUUUAAGCUUAACUGCAGGCGGAAUUUUAAAAGAAAUCAACAAACGUUUUUCAGCGCUAUUAUUUUAAUGUUUGCAGUAAAUUAGUAUUAUAAUAUGAAGAUGAUUAUUACACGUGGCCAGCUGCAUUUAUGUUCGGUUCAAUUCUUUCAUGUACAGAUACAGUAGCAGUACUAUCAUUGUUAAAAGAAAUAGGUGCUCCUAAAAAAUUUAAUUCUUUAAUUGAAGGUGAAUCAUUAAUUAAUGAUGGAACAUGUAUGGUACUAUUCUAAAUAUCUUCAAUGGUUGUAAAAGGAUAAACAUAUAGUUUAGAUACAAUUUUAGGAUUAUUUUUCACUUUAAGUAUAGGAGGAGUCAUAUUAGGAAUAAUAUUUGGAUUUGUGAGUUCUUUUUGGAUAAAAAGAAUUUUUAAUGAUGAAAUAUUGGUAGUAAAUAUCACAUUAAUUAGUUGCUAUAUGGUUUUUUUCGUGGCUGAAAAUCUUAAUUAUGGUAUUAAAAUUAGCGGUAUUAUAGCACUUGUAAGUCUAGGCCUUUUUAUGGCUGCUUCAGGAAAAAAAAGAAUUGCAAGUGAGGCUGAUUAAGCUCUUUAGUCUUUUUGGAAAUAUAUUGUUUAUUCAGCAGAAACUGUUAUCUUUGUUCUAGCAGGAGUUAUUAUUUCUGUAGAAAUAUCUAAAUCUACAAAUCUUAUUCAUGUUAAUGAUUAUUAUAAACUUAUUGGAUUAUACUUUUGUAUGGUUGCUGCCAGGUUUCUUGCUAUUGCUGCUUUUAUGAGAUUUUUAAAAAAAUGGGGCUACGGUUUAAAUUGGAAAGAAGUCUACAUUCUUACUUAUGGAGGACUUAGAGGUGCUGUUGGUGUUUCUUUUGCUCUUAUUGUUUCUAGAGAUGAUUAAUUUUCAAAUUAAUUACGAUAAAUUGUACUUUUUGAUAUGGCUGGAAACGCUUUUUUAACUUUAUUAAUUAAUGGUACUACAACUGCUCCUCUUGUAAAGCUUUUGGGAAUGUGUACUAGUUCAAAAAUUAGAGACAAAUUAUUUUAAAAUUUCUUGGAAAAAAAAAUGAUUUAGGACUUGUAUGAAUAAUCCGAAAAUCUUAAAGAAAGUAAAUAUUUAUAAGAUGCAGAUUGGGAUUAAGUAAAGAAAUAUUGUGGCGAAGACGAACUUAAAAAAAUGAUUAAUAAUCUAAAAAAAAUAAUAGAAAAAAACUAAUUACAAGAAAAAGAAAUGAAAACUUUUAAAGAUAAAAAUAAAACUGCAUUAUAAUAAUAAAGUUAGAAAUGUUUUUCUUAGGAGUUUAAAGGUUUUAUAUUUUUGUUAAUAUAUAUAUAAAAAAAAAUUAAAAAAAAGGCAACUUUUUGGAAAUUAUUUGACAAAAAUCAAUGCUCUGGUGAAAGUUUAUUAAGAUUAAUUGAAACCGUAGAUUGGGAUUUAGAUAAUGAAGUAUCCGAAAUGCAUACUUGGCAAUGGUUAAAGAGAUAAAUUCACGAGAAUUACAUUAGCUUUUUAUUUUAGAUUAGAAAUUAUCUUUUAAUAGGUCGUUUUGCAAAAAAAGAACUCUAUAAUUAUAUAGCUGAAAUAUAUGAUAUGGUUUCUUCAUUCAUUGAAGCUCAUGAAAUUGUAGAAGAAAGUAUUUGUUAAGUAAUAAAUUAUUUUAUUUAUAUUAAUUACAUACUAUAUAAGAUGAAAUUUGAAGAAAAAUAUGUUGCAGAAAUACUUUUGGAAUCAAAUGAGAAUAAAAAGCAAGCAGAAAAUUAUUUAUAUAAUUAUUUGGAUGUAAGUUUUCCUGAAAUAAGUAAAUCCAUUAGGACAAAAAAAGCUGCUUAUAAUCUUCUUGAAUUUUAGAAAGAUAUUAUUCAAACAAAUGCUGAAUCAGGAUAAUUAGACGAAAAAGAAUAUUACUAAUUAAAAAAAAAAGUAGAUUAAAAUAUAAUUAAUCUAAAUAAUUAUACACCUUCUUGGGUAAUUAAAAAAUUAAAAUUCCUUUUAAAUAUUAAUUAAAUAAAAAAGGCUGUUCCAAAAUUAAAAUAAAUUUUAGAAAACCUUUAAUUUUUCUAAUUAAUUCCUAAAAACCCUAAUAGCAAAGUCGAUACAUUAGAUGAAUUAGUAAAAGAAGCUAAAGAGGAAAUAUUUUAAAAAGAUAAUUUUGUUUUUAAAUAAGGAGAUAGAGCUACUUGUUUAUAUAUAAUCACUAGAGGGGCAGGAACUGAAUUUUCAGAAGGAGAAAAUGGAAAUAUUCGUUAAAAAAGAGGAGUUGGUCAUAUACUUCCUAUAUAAUAAUUAGCAACAACUAACAAUCGAUAUUUAACAAGCUUUUAAGCUGAUUGUAUAAUGUAUACAAGUAGUAUUAAUUUAUAAUCAAUAAUUCAUUUAGCAAAAAAAUUACCAGAAUUAGAAAAUUUCAUAAUAAAAGAGAGUUUACCUUCCUUAUGCAAAAUAUUUUUUAACUAAUUUAAUCCUUUAAGCUAUUUAGAUAAAUAAAUAAUAGAAGAAAUUUUGAAUGAUGUUACAAUUUAAAGAUAUAGAAAAGAUGCAGUCGUAAAUUUGCCAAAUGGAGCAAUCUUAGCAAAAGGUAUAAUUUUUUUAAAUAUGAAACUAAUUAUAAUAUUUAUUUUUUAAGGGGAAUUAUAAUUAUAAAACGUUUAUCAUGAAGAAGAUUAACCAAAUAAAUAAUCAGUAGAUUCACAUAUGUAAUAAUGUUAAUAAAUUGGUACAGAAAAACAUUUAUCUAGUUAAGCCGAUAUGGAACCACCGUAAAAAUUAGAUUAUGAAGCGUUUUCUGUUAUUUUACCAAAUAAAAACUUUCAUUAAUUUUAAGUUUUAAAAAAUUGUAUAUUAGUAGAGUUUGAUUAAUAGGAUUAAAUUAAAGAUUAUUUAUAAAUUUCAAAAUAAUAAUAAGGAGAGAAACGAAUAACUAGUAUUAAGAGAAUGAUGAAUAGAAUUUCUUCAAUAAGAAAAAAUACAAUUAAUAAAUGA